CCAUCUGUUUAUCGGAACGUGCUACCACAGCCGAUUACAAGGGAAUCGGCAGUGGAGUAUCUUGAGACACGGAUGGAAGGACUCUGUGGUGGAGUGUAUACUCCGUCGCCUGCGCCGCACUUUCAUCUCUAUUCUCAUGAAUGUGUUGAUAUGAUCAGUUAUCAGCAUGCCGCAUACGGAGUACAAUAUUACACUAAUAUUACUGAGUGUAUAGGCAUCCUAAACGGCCCCGCAGACCUAAUACUCGGUCUAGGAGCAGGCGAUACAGAUAUCGAACCACAAACCGUUUCUCCAGGCUCUACAACCAAAGGACUCCGUCUUCCAGUCUCAGCGGGCGACAUUGUCAUCCACCCAGCAGGAACUGCGCACGGCCAAACAAAUGCGAAGGAUGAUCGGUCCAUUGCUGUAUUUCCCGAGAUACGUUUCCCUUGCAUACGGAUGUACAUGUACCUAUGGUAGAACGCAUACAUAGUACAGGACAUUACCCAUACGGGAUGGUGGAGUCGAGUCCAUUGAUUUGCCGGCUCUGAGGGCUUGUACGAUGGCGGUCCCUCUGCCCAAGGAUCCGGUUGCUCGGGGAAGGAUCGCUGCAGCAGUUGUGGACUCGAGCGGCGGAUGGAUUUUGGGCUGAAGGAGAGCUGGGAGCUGCCUGAGAAUGUUCUGUGAGUCGAAAGAGUCUAGAUUCUGAAUUUGAUGUCCGAUUGAUGUCCAAAAUACAUUGUCAGGCAUUCAGUGCCUUAGGCUACAGUCACAUGAGGUUAUCGAUAAGCCCCGCGAAAGGCGGCGAGGUUCUGCCGGUG